AUGAGUUCAAAACAUUUCCGAGGCAGAGGGGAAUGAGCUGUUUGUUUUGAGCUCUCUUCCGGAAGGGAAAUUGCCAUGUCGGUGGCUGCGUGGGGUUUCCUGGGUCUGUCUGUCUGGUGUUGGAAUCACUUUCAGCGCCUUUUCCAGCUGACCCGGGGCUGGCGCUCCCCGGCGGGUAGGAACCAAGUUCGGCUGUUCAGCAGUAACCUGAAGGAGGGUAAGAAGUCAGUGAUUUGUGUUGAAGGGAAUAUUGCAAGUGGAAAGACUACAUGCCUGGAGUACUUUGCAAAAGCUUGUAAUAUUGAGGCCCUGAAAGAGCCCCUGUCAAAAUGGAGAGAUAUCUGGAGCCACAACUUACUGGCAUUGAUGUAUGAAAAUCCCUCGCGCUGGGCGAUUACACUUCAGUCCUACGUGCAGCUCACGAUGUUGCAGCAGCACAUGCAACCUCAGACGGUGCCAAUCCGAAUGAUCGAGAGGUCCAUUUACAGCGCAAAGUAUGUCUUUGUGGAGAACCAUUACCGAGGAUCCAUCAUGCCAGAAGUGGAUUAUGCUGUGCUGACUGAGUGGUUUAAUUGGAUCGUGACGAACACCGAUAUUCCAGUUGAUUUGAUUGUGUACCUUCAAACUACUCCUGAGACAUGUUACCAGAGACUGAAAACCCGGUGUCGGAAUGAGGAAAAAGUUAUUCCCUUGGAGUAUUUAGAAACUCUUCAUGAGCUUUAUGAAGACUGGCUGAUCAAACAGGCUUCCUUCAAAGUACCUGCCCCAGUGUUGGUGAUCCCUGCAGACCACGAUCUCCAGAAGAUGCUGAAACAAUUCGAGGACCACAGGGAGAAGAUUCUGUAUCCCGUUUGCACAAAAUUCCCUAAAAAUUGCGUGUAACGGGAGGAUCAGUAACUUAAACCUUUCGCAUAACAAUCCAUGCUAUGUGACCAAAAACUGACAACUAUCCCAUUAAAAUUUUAGAUUCUGCUUGCCGUAAACUCCCACUUGGAACAAUUUGGACCAAUUGGAACGACUCAGAGAUGCUUCGGUGACCAGUUUAGAACUCACUUUAUCGGAAACUUAAUUGAAAGGCAUCCUCUACCUAACACUUUGAAUCUCUUCACCCUCGAUUUUGGCCAUGUCCUCUAGCUGCUACUUGUGUUUCGAGCUGGUCACCAUUCUGUUCUUGUUCCUGUGCCAUUCCUGACCUCUAGGAGAUGUUACGUUCCACACGAAUUAUGGGAUGGGGGAUUUGGACAUUUUUAAAUGAUAUUGUGACAGCAGUUGGUCAGGUGCAAGUAUCAUGCAGCUUGUACAUAUAAAAAACAAAAUACAUGUAA